CUGCGUAAUGCCCCGGAAGUGGAAGUAGCCCCCCCUGGGUGCUCCCGGAAGCGGAACCUGAGCUAGGCGCUGCUGGGAGCGGACGCGCCGCCGGCGCCGUUACCGCCGCAGGAUGAACGCGCCGCCGGCCUUCGAGUCCUUCCUGCUCUUCGAGGGGGAGAAGAAGAUCACAAUUAAUAAGGAUACAAAAGUACCAAAUGCCUGUUUGUUUACAAUCAACAAGGAAGACCACACACUUGGAAAUAUUAUUAAAUCGCAAUUACUGAAAGACCCUCAGGUGUUGUUUGCAGGAUACAAGGUCCCACAUCCUCUGGAACAUAAAAUCAUCAUUCGAGUUCAGACCACUCCUGAUUACAGUCCCCAGGAAGCUUUCACCAAUGCUAUCACAGACCUGAUCAGUGAACUCUCCCUUCUGGAGGAGAGAUUCAGGGUUGCUAUCAAAGAUAAACAAGAAGGAAUUGAAUAGAAACAUGAAGCUUCAAGUGGACUUUUAUUUUUUUUUACCUGGAUUGUGUUAUGUUUGUUUUCAUGAUAGUGGAUGUGACUACUUCAUUGAACAAGUUCUUUAAGGAUUAUUUAAAACUUUCACUAAGAAUUAAUGUCUCUAACUAAAAAUUAUGAAUUUAGGGCUCCCACUAUUAAUUUAUCCUGUACAGAACUCACAAUGCUGCUUUCUGUGGGCAGACUAUUUGCAGGUAAGAUUAUUUGAGCUAUUAAACUUUUUUCAAAGCUGUGUGUGAGACUUCCACAAUGAGUGUAGAGCCUUUGAUUACUCUUAUAAAGAGGUAAGAUAACA